GCUCAGUGGCGCGCAAGACUUCGUGAGAGUAGGUUAUGUGAUGAUUUUGUGUCAAUGAAUAUUGAGUGAGAUGUCGUAAAAACUUAUGUGAUUUGUUUAGUUUUUUUUUUACUUACGACACAACGAUUUAUCAAUCAUCCAAAUGGAUCAUAAAAGGACAUACAAAAUUGUUUUUAAUGAAAAACAAUGACAUGCGUGUUUAGUGUAACACUAGUGAUGUGUUGAAAUUAUAUCGAUAAGCAAAAAUGGAUACAGAUAUGCAUAAUUCAACGUUGGAUACGAUAUAUCCGCGGGAGGCGACUAUAAUGGCGGCCGCGUGUGCUUGUAUAUUUAGCAUAGUAGGUGUUCUAGGUAAUUUAAUAACAACAGUUGCAUUGCUGAUGCAUCCGAAACUGCGCGGCCACGUCACCACGAUGUUCGUGCUGUCGCUCUGCGUCUCUGAUCUCCUGUUCUGCAGCAUCAAUUUACCAUUAACUGCGAGCAGAUAUAUUAAACAGCAAUGGGUGCUGGGUCCAAGACUCUGUCAGAUGUUCGCCUUCGUGUUCUACGGGAACGAGGCUGUGUCUCUCCUCUCCAUGGUCGCUAUCACAAUUAACAGAUACACAUUGAUAGCCUACUACGACAUGUACUCACAGAUCUACACGACGACCAAGAUCUGGAUACAACUGUUACUAAUAUGGCUCGUAUCGUUUGGUUUAAUGAUACCACCACUCCUUGGAAUUUGGGGCCAACUUGGUUUAGAUCCAAACACGUUCUCUUGUACGAUUCUACCCAAAGACGGGAAGAGUCCAAAGAAAUAUCUCUUCGUGUUCGGUUUCGCGUUACCCUGCGUUGUAAUUAUUGUGUCCUACUCUUGCAUAUACUGGAGAGUAAGAGAGAGCAAGAGAAAGCUGGAAGGACGCAGGUGUGUAUGUGGCAAACUAAGCGGCCAAACAGCCAAAGAGAAAGAGGAAGACUCACGCCUUACAACGCUAAUGUUGACGAUAUUCCUUUGUUUCCUCGCCUGUUUCCUUCCCCUCAUGAUCAUGAACGUAGCAGACGACGGUAUAUCUUACCCCUGGCUACAUAUCAUAGCCUCUAUCCUGGCUUGGGCCUCCAGUGUAAUGAACCCACUUAUAUACGCAGCGACCAAUAGACAAUAUAGAGCUGCGUAUGGAAACCUUUUAAAAUUCUGCAAAAACAAUCCUGUAGCACGAAGGACUACAUGGGGGAGCAGGACUGUCGGUCAGUCCUCGAAUUCUCCUCAUUACCUCGAUAAACGUAAUCCGUUAAAGGAAAAACCGACUAAAUUAUAAAUUGUCUUACAUCGCACUGGUUGCGAAUUGAUUGAAUGGGACCAUUGAUUGGUUAUUGUUUGUCUGAUGGUACUUUGAACUAAAUAAUCAAGAAUAAUUGUAUAUUAUAUAAGCACCAUAGACAAAUAGCUUACUACUGUCAGCUGUCAUUACAUAAAGUAAAAUAUUUAAAAAAAAUAUUUUUAUUAAUACACAUUUAAUAGGAACCAAAUUAUUAAUCGAGCGUCACACAUUUGACAAAGUACAACAAAGCUGCUAGUUUUGUUGCAAGGUGCUUGCGAAUAGUAGAGAAGAACAAUUUUCUGUCUGUAAAGAUUUGCACUAAUGUGUAGCGCUAGCCUUACUAGAUCUAUUAACUAUCUGUAAAUAAAUGUUAAUAAUUGUAAAUACAAAUGAAAGUAGCAUACUUACAUGACCAAAGUAAUUUAUUUAGAUGCUAAGGUGAAAAAAUAUAAUAUUCUUAAGUGUUAAACUAAUACCGAUUUAUACUCUACCAUUAGUUGUACUUUUGUCUAAAGCAAGAUACAAAUUAAAAAAAAAAACAACCAAUUCUAAAUAUUGAGUUUUGAAAUGUUA